GACGAGAAACCUUGCUAGGUUAGUCAGCUGUAAAGAAUGAGAUUGAGAAUUUGAGCACUCCCAACCAAAGCCGAACAAGAUAGUCGUCUAAGCUCUCAGAGCACAAAAGACCACGUCCUUAAAACCCCUGAUUUUAAAAACCUACACCUCCCUCCAAAACCUGAAAAAAUGCCGCUCCCUAAACUUCACUUCUCCUCUCGCUCUUUCUCCACUUCCCUAGUCGACCCUGCCUUCCUUCUCCGCCUCUCCACAGUCCUCUACCAACAACAAACCUCCCCACUUCCCAAACUCCAAACUCACCUUCAGAAACUCAACUUCAGCCCAACCCACGAGCUCUUCCUCCAGCUUUGCAACAACUUCCCCUUCUCAUGGCGCCCCGUCCACAACUUUCUCCUCCACUCCAAGCUCACCCACAACUUCACCCACUCCCUCAUCACCGCCAACAAAGCCCUUGACGUCUUCGGCAAAUCCCGGAACAUUGACCUUCUCCAUAGUUUCCUCCUUGAAAUGUCUCAAACAGGACUCAUCACCAAAAGAUCUCUCGAGAUCGCAGCGACCCAUCUCGCUGGAGCUCGAGAGAUCAAGAAGUGCGUUGAGAUUUUUGAACUCGAUGAUGGGUUUAAGAAUGUGGAGGUGUUGAAUAGGGUUGUGCGCACCCUAUGUGCUCGACGGUACGUCGAUGUUGCAAAAUCGGUUGUUAUGAAGAUCAAAGAUUUGAUUCCACCUGAUGAGGCUACUUACGGGUUUUUGAUUGUUGGGUUUUGUCGAGCUGGCGAUUUGGUGGAGGCCGCCAAGAUAUGGAACCGGGUGCUCGAUUCGGGGCUUGAGCCAGAUGUCAGCGCAUACGAAGAGAUAGUCGAGACUUUAUUUAAGAACAAUCGGUUUGAAGAUGCUAUGAUUAUGUUCAAAAGACUACAACAAAGAAAGUUCUGUAAUCUUGGUUCGGCCUCCUACUGUAUUGUGAUCGAUUGGGUGUGCAAAGAAGGAAAAAUCACUUACGCAUUCAUGGUGUUAGCUGAAAUGCUAAAGAGAGGCAUCGAAGUUGAUAAGUCUGCUCUUGGAGACUUAAUCUAUGGGCUUUUGGUUAGAAAGAGAGUUAGAGAGGGGUACCGAAUUUUCCAAGGGGUAGAAGAGCCUGAUAUUAACAUGCACCAUGGUCUGAUGAAGGGAUUGUUGAGGCUUAGAAGGGCAAGGGAAGCAACCCAAGUGUUGAGGGAGAUGGUAAAGAGAGGGUGUGAGCCUAAUAUGCACACAUACAUUAUGUUGUUGCAGGGGCAUUUAGGAAAGAGGGGGAGGAAAGGGAGGGACCCAAUGGUGAAUUUUGAGAGCAUAUUUGUUGGGGGUUUGGUGAAGGCAGGGAGGACAUUGGAGGCAACCAAGUAUGUAGAGAGGAUGAUGAAGGUUAAGGGGGUGGAGGUGCCAAGAUUUGAUUAUAAUAAGUUCAUGUAUUGGUUUUCAAAUGAGGAAGGGUUGGUGAUGUUUGAGGAGGUAGGGAUGAGGUUGAAGGAGGUGGGAUUGGUGGAUGUUGGGGACGUGUUGUUGGUGUAUGGACAGAGGAUGGCUACAAGGGAUAGGAGGAGGAAAGCAAGGGUGGCUGCUUGUAUGGAAACUGUGGAGUAGAUAUUGUGAUUGGUGAUUCUUUGGGAGUUCAUAAAUUUUGUAAAGAAUAGGAAUGUCUAUUCAUAGAAAUUACUGAUUUAUAUCUAUCAAAGAGUGAACGAUUAAGUACGCUCUUUCAGACUAUUUUUCUUUUUCU